AUGCUGCCGACCGUGGUCGAGGGAGCUGAGGAAGGAGAGGCCCGAACUCCUCUGGAGGACCCCGUGGACCGAACCCUGCUGAUGGAGGAGGCCAGUCCGGCCCCCUCUGCUACGAGGGAACAGGAGGAUGCUCCGGGAGGAGAACAGGAGGAGAGGGACUCCUCCCUAGUGUCGUGGGGACUUCCGGAGAGGACCUCGACACCUGUCCCGAUGGAGAUCGUGCCGCAGGCCCAAAGGAAAAGGCGAGGGGAUGAGCGGAAGGAUACAAACAGGAAGGAUGGGACCAGCGGAUCUUCCGAGGAGGACCAGAUGGCCAAGGUAAGGCAGGUGCAGUCUGCGGACUAUCCCCCAACUACCCUAGUAGAAGGGGAGACAGUGAGUGAUCCACCCCUGUCUCCCCUUGUGGUUGUAGACGAUUCUCCCUCAUACCCCUCGGAGGAAGGAGUGGUCCAGGCAGGGACUCCCGAAAGGCAAUCACCCUCCGCACACGAGGAGGCACAGGAAGUCAUAGCCACCAAGGCCGAAGCCCCCUCUGGGGAGACUGAGGCGGUCCAGCCGCAAGGGGUCUCCCAAGAGGAGGCUAACCUUGGCCGCGGCGCCCGGGCCCAGGACUUGUGGGUACACAGGAUCCGGGAAUUGGACGCCGGGCUGGGGGUGGCCACCGAGCCGAACUGGGUGUCGAUCAGCAGUGAAUGCUGGUUCGGCAGCCCGGACGGCUCGGUGGCCAUGGUGGCUGACCCUGCAGCGGAGACCCCUCCCUGUGUUUUAAGGGAAAAGAGGUCCUUGGAUCCUAGACAGGACGGGGAUUUGGUGCGCAAGUGCCAUCCCCGACCUGUCGUGAUUGCCGGGGACUUUAACGCCCACUCUGAGGAGUGGGGUUGUAGUCCCCGACAACGGGAUCCCAGGGACGAGGUCGUCAUCGGCUGGGCGGCGAGAUUGGGCCUUCUGUUGUUAAACAGAGGGUCCACCAGCACCUGUAUAAGGCCGUGA